UGGCGAGUGCAGUCCCAAUCUCAGAGGGGCGAGCGGCCUUGCGCAGCAAGCGCGGCUGGUGCCCUUUGUCUUCCUGCGAGUGGAGGAUCAGGAGGGGUUGCUGUAUUGCUCACUGCAGAGGACUGUGGAUAAAAAGUGAGCUAAGCCUUGAAGCUGCAGAAGUACUGUACAUAUAGUCACUGUGAUGCUACCUGCACCAGGAUGCUCCCAGUUCUUUUGGUCCUCGUAAGCUUUCGAGAGCUUUGAAGAUUUUGCUUCAAGUUUUCUUGACAUCUACAGAGCAUUGCUAUUCUGUGGAAUUAUUGGCAGAGUGAAAUUGAAGUUUGGACCACUGCAAGCACUAGUUUGACUGAUAAGAGCUGUGUUGGCCUCACUGUUCCAGAGCUUUCAUCCAGGGAAGAAAACAUCUGAGAGUCACUGUGAAUGAUGCUCUGAGAAGUCAGUUCAAACUACAGUGAAAGGUGAAAAGCAAAUAGAGCGGUAGAAACUAUCGGGAUUUGGGCAUCAGCUUAUCCUUUAUAAAGAUGGAAUGCCAUCUUGUUUCUCCAGAACCUCAAAAGAAGAGGGAAACACAUUGUGAGGGCAGAGAAUAAGAAAAGGAAAGGAAGUUGCGGCUGGCUGGUUUAACUGUUGCUAGAGAACGGUUGUUGAAGUUCUACACCGAGGCUUUUAAUGUGGAGAUUGUCUGUGGCAAAGGGAAACAGGAGAGAGUCUUCCAGAAGAACAAGAUAGUUGCAAGCAGCUCCAUAAUAGCCUUGGUUUGAAGAAGACAUCUCAAAAUGUUGUGUCGAGCUGCUCUCAGCCCUGUUGUCCAUUCCCCUGGAUGGCGCUUUGUGUCGUCGCCAAAUGCCACCGCAGCCAUUUCCCGAUUAUACCAAAGAUUAAGGAACGAAUCCAUCCGUUGUUGGAGCAACAUCCCAUUUAUCACCAUGCCGCUCAGCCGUGCACACGGAAAGUCGUUUGCACACCGCAGUGAGCUGAAGCAUGCGAAGCGUAUUGUAGUGAAGCUGGGUAGUGCUGUUGUGACUCGAGGGGACGAGUGUGGUUUGGCCCUUGGGAGGCUCGCAUCUAUUGUUGAGCAGGUGUCAAUGCUGCAAAAUCAGGGCCGAGAGAUGAUGAUUGUCACCAGCGGUGCUGUAGCUUUUGGAAAGCAACGGUUGCGUCAUGAGAUCUUGCUUUCUCAGAGUGUGAGGCAAGCGCUUCAUUCAGGCCAGAGCCAGCUAAAAGAUAUGGCUAUUCCAGUCUUGGAAGCCCGAGCCUGUGCGGCAGCUGGCCAGAGCGGACUAAUGGCUUUGUACGAGGCCAUGUUUACACAAUAUAGCAUCUGCGCAGCUCAAAUUUUGGUCACCAACCUAGAUUUCCACGAUGAGCAGAAGCGUCGGAACUUGAACGGAACAUUACAUGAACUUUUAAGAAUGAAUAUCGUCCCUAUAAUUAACACUAAUGAUGCUGUUGUUCCACCUCCAGAGCCGAAUAGUGAUCUGCAGGGGGUAAAUGUGAUCAGCGUGAAGGAUAACGACAGUCUGGCAGCACGACUGGCUGUGGAAAUGAAAACUGAUCUCCUGAUUGUUCUCUCAGAUGUAGAAGGACUGUUUGACAGCCCUCCAGGAUCUGAUGAUGCAAAGCUCAUUGACAUAUUCUACCCAGGAGACCAGCAGUCUGUAACAUUUGGAACCAAAUCCCGAGUGGGAAUGGGAGGCAUGGAAGCCAAGGUAAAAGCAGCUCUGUGGGCACUCCAAGGAGGCACCUCUGUGGUGAUUGCAAAUGGAACUCACCCAAAGAUUUCGGGUCAUGUCAUCACAGAUAUUGUGGACGGGAAAAAAGUCGGAACCUUUUUUUCAGAGGUAAAACCUGCAGGUCCUACAGUAGAGCAGCAAGCUGAAAUGGCUCGAGCUGGUGGCAGGACCCUGGCAGCUCUACAGCCUGAACAGAGAGCAGAGGUUAUUUAUCGUCUUGCUGACUUACUGACUGACCAGAGAGAAGAAAUUCUCUUGGCAAACAAAAAGGACUUAGAAGAGGCUGAAAAUAAAGGGAGAUUGGCACUUCCUUUGUUGAAACGUCUGAGUCUGUCUACAUCAAAGCUCAAUAGCUUGGCUAUCGGUCUGCGUCAGAUUGCAGCAUCCUCUCAGGACAGCGUCGGCCGUGUAAUUCGGCGAACGAGAAUAGCAAAAGACCUGGAUUUGGAGCAAGUGACGGUGCCUAUCGGAGUCCUUCUCGUGAUCUUUGAGUCCCGUCCCGAUUGUCUUCCACAGGUGUCUGCUUUGGCCAUAGCCAGUGGAAAUGGCUUACUGCUUAAAGGAGGGAAAGAGGCAGCACAUAGCAAUCAAAUCCUUCAUCAUCUGACACAAGAAGCACUCUCCAUUCACGGGGUCAAAGACGCAGUGCAACUGGUGAACACAAGAGAGGAAGUAGAAGAUCUUUGCCGUUUGGAUAAGCUGAUAGAUCUAAUCAUUCCACGUGGUUCAUCACAGCUAGUCAGGAACAUCCAGAAAGCUGCUAAGGGAAUCCCAGUGAUGGGACACAGCGAAGGGAUCUGUCAUGUGUAUGUGGACACGGAUGCCAGCGUUGAGAAGGUCACACGAAUAAUCAGAGACUCGAAGUGUGAAUAUCCUGCUGCCUGUAAUGCUCUGGAAACUCUCUUAAUUCAUCGAGACUUGCUGAGAACCCCAUUGUUUGAUCAGAUCAUAGACAUGUUGAGAGUGGAACAGGUUAAGAUUCACGCUGGCCCAAAGUUUGCAUCUUACUUGACAUUCAGCCCUUCAGAAGUGAAAUCUCUCCGCACGGAAUAUGGGGACCUGGAGUGCUGCAUUGAGGUGGUGGACAGUGUCCAAGAGGCUGUCGACCACAUCCACAAGUACGGAAGUUCUCACACGGAUGUUAUCAUCACAGAGAAUGAGAAAACAGCAGAGUUCUUCCUCCAGCAUGUCGACAGCGCUUGUGUUUUCUGGAACGCCAGUACCCGAUUCUCUGACGGCUAUAGAUUUGGACUUGGUGCUGAAGUGGGAAUUAGUACUUCUCGUAUACAUGCACGUGGACCAGUGGGAAUUGAAGGACUCUUAACUACAAAGUGGUUGCUGAGGGGGGACAAUCAUGUUGUUUCUGACUUCUCUGAGCAUGGGAGCAUGAAGUACCUUCAUGAGAGCCUCCCUCUCCCUCAGAGAAAUACCACCUAAGAACAUCAGGGCAGGAGGGAAAACUGAGGGCCAUAAGUAUUUCCUGAAGAUGUUCAGGCUUCAGGGUCCUUGAUGGGCAGAGAAUUUGUUUUUUGUCUUCAGGAACAUUGCUCUUUGUCACUGUGCAGUACAGUGAAUCCAAAAAGAUCCCAUCUGUGAGAAUUUUUUCCUGCCUCUGUUUCCUUGGAUAAUAUCUGCAGACUGACCUCACUUUUCCCAGAGGCAGACUUCUUCAAAACAUACAGGUAACGCAAGGAGAUGUAACUAUCUGCUACAUUCUUUUUUUUAUCCCAGUGCUCUUUAUAGCAAAUAUGCUUGCUAGUGGAGCAUAUUUUUUUCACAAGUUUUUGUUUUAUUGGAAUAUCUAUUCUGGAGAAUAAACUUCAUAGUUCUUCUCUUUUCUCCAGUUUUAUGAACCUGGCAGCUCUUGAGGGAUGGGAAGCUUUACACUUUAACACUUUACACUUAUUUUCUUUGUAUUCGAUCACUCCUGUAAUAAGGGGGUAGAUGUUCCAAAUGCAUAGUAAGCUUUCAACAAAGAAACCUUUUGUAUCUAAGUUCUUUGUAUCGUGGAUGAUUGUAGAUAAAAAACGCAACUGUCUA